GAGCAGUUGCUGUCUGCUGCAGAACUCUCUUCAUCACAGAGACCUUCAUCAUGUGUGUCCUGACGACGACCUCCACCAUCUUGGCUCUGCUGGCCCUCACCCAAGCGGCCCCUGUAUGCGAGGAGCUUGUCAAACCUCUCCAUGUAGAAGACCUAACACCGAUGAUGGGGAGGUGGUGGUUCCUGAGUGGCUUCUGUGAUCAUCAGGUGUUCACAGACAUUCUGAAAGUUGUCAACAGCUCCUGGAUAACUCUCACACCUUCAGGCCAGACAGGAUCUCUCAUCAUGAGUCAGGGCAACAUGCUUAAUGGGAAAUGUGUAGACUUUACGUCUGCCAAUAUGACACUCAAAAGCAGUGUUGUGCACGUGAAUCAAAUGUUUGAUGGACAGAAGGUGACUACUGAAAUGAUCAUCCUGCCAUCUGGCUCUGACUACCUUACCCUGAAACUGAAGUUUAAAAUGGAGGAAAUCACCAUCAGAUCACUCUACCUCUUUGGACGUUCAGGGAAGCUGUCAGACACAGAGCAGAAAGCGUUCCAGACACAAGCUGAGUGCCUGGGGUACUCCGGCCCAGCCCCGUACACCUACAACGGCGUUACAGAGCUCUGUGACCAGGAAAAGGAAAAGCUAAUAUGUGAGCCCCUUGUCAAAACUCAAGAAAUCAAGGAUGUGACGCAGUUCAUGGGGAGGUGGGUGUUCCUGAAGGGCUUCGUAGAUUAUAAGCAGUUCAUCGACCUCAUGAAGAUUACCAGUAGCUCCUGGAUGGAUUUGGAGCCUACCUCCAACAAAGAGAUAAUCACCAUAAAUCAAGGGAAUAUGCUGAAUGGCACAUGUUUGUUCUCCAGCGCUAACAGCACCAUCUCAAACAGCGUUUUAUAUGCAUCUGAAAUGUAUGAAGGGCAAAGAGUGACCUCGGAGGGGUGGGUCCUGCCCUCGGGCACAGAUACCCUCAUCAUGCGCUUUAAGAGUCAAAUAGGGGACCACAACAUCCGAGCACUCUACUUAUAUGGGCGGUCAGGUAAAGCAUCGGCCAAAGAUAUGGAAUCUUUCCAGAAGCAAGCUGAGUGUUUGGGAUGGAUCAGAACAGCCCAUUAUACUUACGAUGGAGUUACAGAGCUUUGUAAGAAAUCUCCGGAUUCACUUGGGGACAAGGUUGUGGAGUAAAUCUGUCAUCUGUUGUCAAAUAAACUUUAUAAAAUGGCAA